AUGGCAGCUAGAUUAGUGAUGGCUAAAUAUUGGAGACGGAAUUGGGUUAGUCAGAGAAAUGAGUGGUAUCAAAUAAUAAUAGCAUUUUCGGUUUCUAUGGUGAUUGGACUUGUCAUUGGAAGCAUAAUCUGGGCCCUUUUGACUUGCCUGUCUGGCCGCAGAGCCAGUGCCCACAUUUCCCAUUGGAGCAACUCAUCAUCCAGCCGACGUACCAGAGCUGCUCAUGGAUGUGUUGCCAGCAGGCCUGGAUUCUACCGCAACAGCAGCUGUGAGCGCCGAAGCAAUCUCAGCUUAGCUAGCCUCACCUUCCAAAGGCAAGCAUCUUUAGAUCAGGCUAACUCUUUCCCAAGGAAAUCAAGUUUUCGGGCCUCUACAUUUCAUCCUUUUCUCCAAUGCCCUCCACUUCCUGUGGAAACUGAGAGUCAAUUGAUUACUCUGGUCCCCACCAGUCCGACCACCACACUUUCUAGCACUCCCACCAACAGCUUUUCUCAUCCAGAAUUCACUUGGCCAAAUAACAGUCUUCGGGUCUGUCAUUCAACACAAACUCCACCUCCUGCUUAUGACUCUAUCAUAAAAGCUUUUCCAGACUCUUGACUUCGAUUCUACGAUUUUCUGUGGGCUGUGAAGAUAUCUGGGAAGCUUACUGUGGCCAAAAAGAACUACAGUGCUGGAACAGAAAGGAUAUAGUGAAACCUGAGCAGAUGGCGUGGAACCUGGAUGUUCUUCAGCUUUGAAGAUCUUUCUCACAAGUGUAGCUAUGUCUGCAGUGUUAAUGCAUUUUUAUAACUAACUUUGCUUGUUAAGCAUUGUCUUUCAUUUAGACAAUACAAAAUGGCUUGCCGUACAGACACAAAGCAUAAACACAAUGGUAAAUAUCCUGCUGUUAAUUAGAAAGUAGCGGUGUUUUCUCUUUUAAGAUGGGAUUUUAAUUUCAAAGCCUU